ACAGGAGAGCUAGCACAUCCUUCCCGUCACAAAACCACAAAACUCUAACAUCGCUCAGAUGUCGCCGGACAUAUCCGUGUCGGCAGCGGCGACCCUUAGUCUUGCCAAGACUAUCCUCGACUUGGUAAUUUUACUGUACAGUAAAAUUACUCCACCUCCCAAUGAGACCGACUUGAACAACGACCUCAACUUCAUCAAGGAUGAGUUCAUGAUGAUGAGAGCUUACCUGGCGGACGCGGCCAAGGCUAGUGCCUAUCGGACGGAAGCUGCCAGGGCUUGGAUAAUGCAGGUCCGUAACCUCGCCUACGACGUGGAGGACUACUUCCAGGAGUUCGUUCUCCACCUGCGGACUACGAAGAAGCCGCAGAACCCGCGGAAGCAGAGGAAUACAGUGGUUGACCAGAUACGUGGGCUCAAAGGAAGGAUUUGUGAAACCAAUCAGAGAUAUAAGGACUCUUUCCCCGCAUUAGCUACUGGUGGCGUAGCCCGCGAUCUUCCACAGAAGUUGAUUGUUACCAUGGAUGCCCUGCUCGUUGGGAGAGAGACUGAAAAGUCUCAUAUCAUCCAAAUUGUUAACAAAGAUGAUAAACGGCGUCAAAUAAUUCCCAUAUGGGGAAUGUGUGGUCUCGGGAAAACUGCUCUUGCCCAAAGCAUCUGCCAACAACGAGAUAUUAUCAGCAAGUUUAAAAUGUGUGCUGGGAUCACCUUAUCUCAUCCUCUCAUGGUAGACGAGGUCAUCAGAAGUUUAAUUUAUCAGUUACGAAAUGAAGAAUGGACAUAUAAAGAAACCUUGAAAAAGAUGGAACAUGAAGAUUUAAUUGAAGAGUUGAACAAGCUCCUACACAAAGAGAAGCAUCUCAUUGUACUUGACAAUGUAUCGUCAAUUGAUAAUUGGAAAGGCUUAAUAAAACUUUUUCCAGAUGAGCUUACUGCAAGUCGAAUCAUAGUCACAACAAGAGAAAAGACUGUUGCUGAACAUUGUUCCAGAGAGAACAUGUACAAGCUUGAAGCUAUGAAAGAUGAUGACGCACUUGAACUCUUCAUGAACAAGGUAAAUAUGAAAGCAGAACAUUUUGAUGGGCAACCACAAUUAUUCAAUCAAGCUAGAAGCAUCGUCCUCAAGUGCAGGGGGGUUCCCCUUGCAAUAUCCACAAUAGGCAGCUUCUUGGCCACCAGGCCUAGAACAGUUCAAGAAUGGGCAAAUUUUACCGAGAAUUUCCAUUCCGAGCUGGACAGGAAUUCAAGUCUCAAAAUAUUGAAAACAUCUCUGACGUCCCACUGCGAGGAAUUACCCUAUCAUCUCAAGUUAUGCUUUUUGUAUUUGUCUAUUUUCUGUGAAGAUCAGAACAUGAUCAGGAGGAAAUGUUUGAUAAGGCGGUGGAUUGCGGAGGGUUACCUCGGUGACACAAACGCAGAAGAGAAUGGUGAGGUUUACUUGGCUGAUUUUAUAAACAAGGGCAUCAUCCUGCCAUCGCCACCGGUGUAUGUUGGUGGUGUGGCAACUAUAAGGUACUGCCGUGUCCACAGUCUUCUCCGCGAAAUCAGUUUGGCACAGUCAAUGGAGGAAAAGUUUUGCUUUGUGCUGGGCAGCCGUUCCAGCAGCUCACAGACCUGUCAUAAUGUACGACACCUUAGCAUAAGUAGCAGCUGGAGGAGGGACGCAAAUAAUCUGAGCGCCAUAGGGGACAUAUCGUGUGUACGGUCAUUGACUGUUUGUGGGAAGUGGGAACCAGCCCUCGAAUUAUUAGAAAAGAUGAGGAUGCUUCGAGUGCUAGAUCUGGCAGGUACAGGUGAGCUACUACGGGAUCAUCACAUUGAGCCACAUUUGGACAAGCUUAUUCACCUCAAAUAUCUCUCCCUCCGAGGAUGUCGUAACAUUUUUUGGCUCACACAUUCACUGGACAACCUAUGGGACCUCCAGACGCUGGAUGUUAGGGGUACAUCCAUGAUCAUACUGCCACAGACAAUUGUCAACCUAGAGAAGCUUCAAUAUCUUCGUGCUGGUCAAAUACCAAAGGAUGAGAAAACUACAGAUUGCAUGGGCUCAGCAGCUCCAAAAACAAACAAAAGACUUACCUUGGGUGGGGUGAUGAAAGGUGUGAUCAUAAAUUCAUUCCGGUCAGAGCCAAAGGAUAGCGGUGAAGCCAGCAAGAGAGACACAUUCAAUAAGACAUUCUUUUAUGAUGGCCAUCUUCUGUACCCGACGCGGGAUAAGCACGGUAUUGAAGUUCCCAAUGGGACACGGAAGCUAAACUCCUUGGAAACACUCGGUGUCAUAGAUAUCGGAGCUAGGGAAGACAGCUCGGAGGAGCUUAGGAAACUCACCAAGCUACGCAAGUUGGGAGUGACCGGUCUCAAUAGGGAGAACAGCCAGCAGUUCUUCUCAGCCAUUGCCAUGCUCACCCUCCUCCAAUCUCUGUCAAUUCGGUCAGAAGGAAAACCAGGUUUGCAGAACUGUUUGGAUGGCAAAUCCUCAUCGCCUCCAACAUACAUUCGAAGCCUCAAGCUGUACGGAAAUCUUAUCACGCUGCCAUCAUGGAUCUUACACCUUCAGAAUCUUACAAAGUUGAAGCUCAGGAGCACCAGACUGGGGCCUGACGCUGUAUAUGUCCUUGAGAGACUACCGCGUCUUGCCAUUCUGCGGCUCCUAUCAAACUCAAUUGAAGGGAAAGACCUCCGCUUCCAUUUCCAGCAUGGGAGCUUCCGAAGCCUUGUGUUGCUGCAGUUUGAUGGAUUACCCUACCUUCAGUCAAUAAAGUUUGAACAAGGUGCGACCCCUAACCUUGAGUUACUACAAGUAGAGAAUUGCACCGAUAUUGAGAAGCAUGGGUGCUCUGGGCUGUCUUAUCUGCCAAGCCUCAAAGAACUUUGGCUCAAGGCCGGCAGCGAUAGUUUCAUGCACGAUUUACAGAUGCAACUGGAGCGUAAUCCAAAUCGAUCAAUCUUGAAGGUAAAUUAAGCUCCAGGGUCAACGGCUCAAGGUCGUCACUGCACCGCCUGUAUAAUAUAUCAUGUGUAUUUCCAUUAUUCCAAUUGUACGUUUUUAUUCUACUUUCUUUUAUUUCCCCUUGAUGUACGAUUGCUAUAUUCCCUUUUAUGUAUGCUGUAUUUUUUUCUUAUUUUCCUUUAUUUCCCCUUUGAUGUAUGAUUUAUCAUACCUCUUCAUGUAUGAUUUUUCUUAUCUUUUCUAUUUACCCCUUGUAUUGAUAAUAAAAAGAGGCAUUACCCUUUCAUUUAGCAUUGUA